AGCUUGAGAAUACCCGGAUGACGAUAAAAACAAGCGGUCUCGCUUGGUCGAAGUUUUAACCGAUCUAUUUAGUAUAAAUAUGAAUAUUUUUACAAGUAAUGUUGUUUAUAAAAGGUAAUUUUUUGCGUAUUUCAGGACUUUAUGUAUAGAUUUAUGAAGACAACGGAUAUUUAAAGAAAAUGGCUGGACGAGAUACUAAGUACUAUAUAGAAAGUAAACAGAAUGCAUUACAGAUUCCAGAUGUGCGAACCGCCAUGGAAGUUCUGAGGCUGUUAGGGGUAAAUGCUAGAGGGCGUGGUAUCAGGACUAAAGAUGACGCUAUCGGUAUUAUCAUUCAGGAACUAGAAAAGGGUGUAUCAAUAGGCCAGAUAAAAACGAAAGAACCAUGUAAAGGUUUGAAAAAAGCCAUAGAGGACGACAAUAACAACAUACAAAAGUUACUUACCAAAUACGACGCUGUGCAAAAGCUCUUCAGCGAACUGCCUCCAAAGUACAAGAAAGAUUUAAAUCAAGUGUUCCCAGGCAUUGAAAAUGAGUUUGAAACGAGGAAAAAUGAAAUAAAAAGAAGCGAGUGUACAAUACUAGUUGCCGGAGAGACAGCGUCAGGUAAGAGCAGCUUGAUUAAUCUUCUUCUCGGCGGUACAGACCUUUUCCCAACUAGUCAGCUUGGAUGUACAGCAACAAUAUGUGAAAUACGAACUAAUUACCAAGGGAGAAAAGAAGCCAUAGGUUAUUACAGAUCUGCUAUGACAGGUGAUCGCAAGAAAGGCAAAAAACCGCCCCCUGUGAUGUUUGACCUCAGUUGUGAGUCCGGAUUACAGAAGUUUCAAACUGCUGUCUCUGAGAGUGAUGAAGACGGGGACUCACCUUUUGAGAGAUUUGAAGUCACUUGGCCAUUCCCAAUGCUAGAAGAAGGCAUAGUGAUAGUGGAUACACCUGGUAUAGGAGGAGGUGGAAACAUGGCCAAGUAUGCUGAGAAAUACUUGUCCAAGUCAUACGGCUUCAUAUAUGUGAUAAAUAGCGCCAAUGCGGGAGGUGUUCAAAAAGGACGGCUUCAGAAUUUCAUGCGUCUUGUAACUAACAGUGCUGGUGAAGAAGGCUUUGAUUCUGAGUCAACCAUGUUUGUUUGCAAUAGAUGGGAUAUGGUUCCGGAGAAGGACAGAGAGGCAGUGAAGCGUGACACCUUCGAAAAACUGUCGAGAUACUAUUCCCACCUCAAACGAUCUCAAGUGCAUUACAUGUCAAUGUUGGAGGCAAAGAAGGGUAUCAGUUACGGAACUAUGACUCAGGAGUACACACAACUAAUGGAUCUUGUUGAACAACUGAUGCCAACAAGCCUUAGAUCUAGGCUUAAUACACAUUACAGAUGGCUUACAGCUGUUCUGAAGCGAAUGAUAUACUCGCUCAAAGUUUCAAAAGUGAUGGCCGCGAAGUCAAUGGAAAAAGUCAAGGAUGAAUUACAACAGAUAAAGAAUCAGAUAGCAAAGCUGGAACAGAAUUCAAAGGAAAGCAUCAAUUAUCUGAAAUCCAACAUUAGUCACGAAUCUGAGAUAGUUGCUAAAACUGUUGUAGAAGCAUUGCAGUCAAGGCAGAUGGCAGAGAGGUUAUUCAACUGGAAACCAAAUGAAUGUCCAAGAGAAGGUGGUAAAAAGAUUGCAGCGGACGCCCUCGAGGCUAUAACAAACAAAAUUGCCUUAGAAAUGAACUUUUGGGAACGUGAAAAGCAAGUAGUGACUGGCAUCAAAGAUAAAAUUAUCCGUGUAUGCAAAAGAGACUUUGAACUUAUGGAGAACCAAAUCGCAAAACUAGAAGGUGCUCUUCUAGACGGAGAUAUGAAAACUGUGCAGGAUCUUCACAAAUCAAUAAAAAAACAAGCUCCUCCGAAUAAGAUAUGGAGGAAAGCUAAAGAAGCUAGCAUUGACGAAGACUCAGGAAGUUUUAAAGGUCUUGGUGGCGCAGUAUCUUCUGUUUGCUCUCUGAAACCAGGAGAUAAAUUAAUAAAGAAAAUAUUUUCUGAUUACAAGUCAAGGGACCCAAAUAAAUGUAUAGCUAAAAUGCAAGAUGCAACCAAACUCGUCCUGGACAAUAUUGUCGAAAGUAAACAUCUUCUCGAUAAAGUGCAUACUUUCUUCAAGCGAUUUGUGAAAGGUAUAGAUGCAGUCGCAAAAAUGAUACCGGACUUUUUAAAAGCUGAUCUUGAACUGAUGGAGAUGUUGAGAGAUGAAAUGAGUGAUGCAGAAAACAACUUAAAAGAUUUAUUCCCGAGACUUCUUCAUACAAGUUAUAUGCUUUUGGGUCAGCUUGACUUAUUCUACGUAAAUUACAUAAUGGUAUUUGACUUUCAACUCGAAGACAUAAUUUGGGAUCAUGGCGAGGCGCCCGUUGGAAGCGGGAGUUUUGCAGACGUCUAUAUAGCUGAAUUGAAGACAAAUAGACGAGGAAAAGCCCCUGUUGCCCUCAAGGUAAACAGGGAUCCACUCAAAGAGAAUACCAUUUCCGAUAUACUUCUGGAAGAUAGAACAAUGAGGGAGCUUGACAAUCGAAAUGUCGUCCAGUAUUAUGGCGCCACCUACCGGUUUAAAGACGAAAAACGGAAGAAAGAUAUGCAAUGGAUUAUGCUUAUGGAGGUCUGCAAAUACACACUAAAACAGAAGUUCAUCAGUCCGGAAUUCGAGAACCCUGGAAAACCAAUACCAGGGGAUUUACAAAAGAAAUCUAUGAUGAUGAUGUCAGACUUUGCCCUUCAGCUUUGCUCUGGCCUUAAGUAUCUGCAUCAAAAAGGAUUCGUGCAUAGGGACCUUAAAUUAGAAAAUGUUUUGGUCACGGAAGAUAAUGUUGUCAAGUUAACCGACGUAGGACUGGCAAAACAGGGACAGCAAAUUGCAUAUAGUGUUGUCGGUAGCCCCGUUUAUAUGGCUCCUGAGGUUCUUUUGCAGUCGCAAAAUUACGAUCAUAAGGCCGAUAUAUACAGUGUUGGGAUCAUGCUGUGGGAAAUGUGGUAUGGGAAGGAUGCUGCGGACUAUAUCCAACACCAGCUGUUUGGACCUCUGGAUAAGGCAAUAAAGGAAGGGCUUCGACCGUCACUAAAAAUUACAUGUAAACCGCCAAAUGCGUUUGCAUCGCUUAUAGAAGCAGCAUGGCAGUACGAACCUGAGAAAAGGCCAAAUGCUGACGUUCUUUGCAAGUUCUUUGAGGAGUUUUUGCGUGAUUCUCGACGAAAUUAAUUCGAUCUCAAAAAUUGAUUGCAGCAUGAACGCCAUUUAAAUAUAUGUACUGUUUCAAUACAGUGAUAUGCUCCUUAAAGAACAGUCAGCUAUAGAGCUGCAAUUAAGAAAGAAAUCUUGCAUUACAUAAUAAGGAAUUGUGACUUGUGCAUUUUAGCUCACCUGAACACUAAGUACUCCUGGUGAGCUAUUACGAUCACACUGUGUCCGUCGUGCAUGCUUGCGUGCGUUAUUUGGUUCGUCCGUCCGUCCAUCGUCAGCAGUUUAUCUAGCGACAGCUCCUCCAAAAGCAUUGCAUGGAAUUCUAUGAAACUUGGCCAGGAAUUUCCUUGGGUGGCACCAAAAUUGUUCAAACUGUUCCGCACGGUUGCACAUAAUGGCCACCAGAGCAAGAAAUAGAAAAAUCUUCAGAUGAAAUCUCCUAAACUGCUGGUCCGAUUUGAAACAAAAUACACCCACAAAAGAUCCUUAUGUAACCUUCUUCCAAGUUUGUUCAAAUUAUUCCAGAGGACAUGGUCAUUUCUUCCCAUAUGUAAAUAGUAAGAAUUUAAAAAAUAUUUUUGUAUGAAACUGCUGAUUCGUAAAAAACACAUGGCCGCCAGGAGGCGUGGUCAUUUUUCCCUAUAUUUAAGUAGGGGGAACUUUGAAAAUCUUCUUGUGUGAAACUGCAGUCGAUUUUAAAUAAUUUCCCAUAAAUUUUAAUGUGUGACUUUUUACAAAUAUUGUUCAAAUUAUUCUGAUGGCCAACAGAGGGCAUGGUCACUUUUCGUCAAUAAUUUCUUUAAACGAAAUUUCCGUCAAAACCACACAGAGUGGAUUUUGAUGAAACUUUACAUUAAUGAAAUAUUUUAUAUUGUUCCGGUUCAUUAAACAUAUAACAUAUGGGUAACUAUGGUUAAAAAUAUGUUUGCAGCUAUUAAACAUAAAAAAUCUUCUUCCCUGAAGCGAUAUUAGCAGGAGCCUUGAUAUUUGGCAUUUGAUAUCAGGGUUUGACUUUCUACCAUAACUGUUCAAACUAUUACCUUAAGAUACAAAAAAUGGCUACGCCACUGGGUAUGACAUGUUUAUACUAUAUGCUUAUAUGUGAGAA